AACAGUCGUCACACUUUUAUUUACAGCACGGUUAAAUUCCAAAUCUCGUAACCUUUCUGUAUAUUAACCUCUCUUUCUCUUCACAUAAGUAAACGUAUCUGCGUUGCAACUUCCUACCACUAUCUCUUCUCAUUAGACCAAUUCCUCCCUUCACAUUCAUCAUUCCCUGCAAACUUUUUCUUCCUCACACCAAAUUUUCUAAUCCUCCCUCACACAGAACAAUAUGAAGACUCGCACCUCUACCAAAAUCUCUGCAUCGUGGAUUCCCAUCUUCUCUGUCUUUUCCUUCAUUCUUGGUAUGCUCAUCACAAGCAGGAUGUGGGACCCACCUGAAUCAAACGGGAUGCUUAUUGCGCAGCAUCAGCAGGACCAACAGCUGCAAGUGAUCUCAGGCGACUGCGCGACCAAGAAGAUGCAGCCCAAGGAUGCAGUGAGCGAGUUACAGAAGACCCAUGAAGCCAUCCAAGCUUUAGACAAACAAGUUUCCAUGCUUCAGAUGGAGCUAGCAGCAGCUAGGAGUUCUCGUGAAAAUGGGAUCUCUGAUUCGAAUACUUCAACCACCACUUCCGAGGAAGGUUCUGCAAGGAAGAAGGCAUUUAUAGUGAUUGGCAUAAACACGGCUUUCAGUAGCAGGAAGAGGCGUGAUUCAGUAAGAGAGACUUGGAUGCCUCAAGGUGAACAACUUCUUCAGUUGGAACGGGAGAAGGGAAUUGUUAUCAGGUUCAUGAUUGGCCACAGUGCAACUUCCAACAGCAUACUAGAUCGAGCUAUUGAUUCAGAAGAAGCUUUGCACAAAGACUUUCUUCGCCUAGAACAUGUUGAAGGGUAUCACGAGCUGUCUGCAAAAACAAAGAUUUUCUUUUCUACCGCAGUUGCAAAAUGGGAUGCUGAUUUCUAUGUCAAGGUUGAUGAUGAUGUCCAUGUUAAUUUAGGUGUCCUGGCAACAACCCUUGCUCGUCACCGAUCAAAACCCAGGGUCUACAUUGGGUGUAUGAAAUCAGGGCCUGUCCUUUCCAGAAAGGAUGUCAAAUACCAUGAACCUGAGUUUUGGAAGUUUGGAGAAGAGGGGAACAAAUACUUUCGACAUGCAACUGGGCAGAUAUAUGCAAUCUCUAAAGAUCUGGCCACAUACAUUUCCAUCAACCAGCCUAUUUUGCAUAAGUAUGCCAAUGAAGAUGUCUCGCUUGGUGCAUGGUUCAUUGGUCUUGAAGUUGAGCAUAUUGAUGACCGCAGUAUGUGCUGUGGAACUCCUCCAGACUGUGAGUGGAAGGCACAAGCAGGUAACAUAUGUGUUGCCUCAUUUGAUUGGAGCUGCAGUGGAAUCUGCAAGUCAGUGGAGAAGAUUAAAUAUGUCCACUCAAAGUGUGGAGAGGGGGAUGGAGGUUUGGAGUGCUUUAUUUUAGAUACUUUCAAAGGAAAAUGGUUUUUUGGUGGUUUGGAGAGAGACUAAUUAUUUAACUGCAGCUGGAACAAAGGCAUUUUUCAGUUUUGAGAAUGAUUAUUUUCUGCAAAUAGGUAGAUAUAACAUGGAGCAUCUGGCAAACAAGGCUGGUUCAUAAUUUUUUGUGGAAAGCUGAAGGUAGCAAUUGCCUGGAUAUGGAUAUGACGGUCUUCCAGUGAUGUGGGGGAGAUAUGACAACAACCAUUCAGGGUUUAUACAAUGUUUUUGUCCAUAUGAGGACGAGAUUGGUUGUUGUGCCCUUUGUAAUGAAAAACAAUGUAUUGAUAGUUCUUCUAAUGCGUUAAAUUUUAUCACUAUUUCGAUGCAAUCAAAGGUUGAACUUUAAAAUA